AAUGUUUCAAGUAACGCAUAAGGAUAAGAAGGUGUACGUAUUCUCGCUGAUGCCAUAAAGAAAACCGAUUCAAUAGAAUCCUUGGAUAUAUCAGACAAUGGUCUUGGAGACAUGCAAGCAGAGGCUGUUCGUCCGAUUAUAGAGGACACUAAUAAUUUAAAGAUCUUGAUCUUGUCACAUAACGAGUUAAGAGACGAAGGUGGCAAACUAAUUGGAGAUGCAUUAUUGUGGAGUGAUACAAUACAGCAUCUCGACCUCAGUUGGAACAAAUUACAUCGUAGAGGAGCAAUCAAAGUUGCAGAGGCUCUUGUUAAAAAUACAAGCAUAACCUCAUUGGAUCUGUCUUGGAACGGACUUCAUAUGGAAGGAGUCACGGCACUAGGCAAAGCUUUAGAGAAGAAUAACACUUUAACAGAAACUGAAAUAUCAGUGAUAACAGGAUAA